AUGCUCGGAUCACGCAUAUGCGAAACUAAGCUGGCUGUGCGACUAGGCGACGCAUUAUCACAAGUGGCCGCCCACACCUACGAAAUAGGUAAUGAUUUUAACCUCACAGCCACCAAAAUAUUCGCCCACGCCGGAAACAAAACAGGCUCUGAAUCGAUUGAAGCCUGAGCCUCGAAUUAGACCCCAGUCGAUCGAUUUAUCCAUCUGGUGCCGGCGUACAGAGCCCUGUGCAGCCACCUCCAAUCUUGCGCCAUCGAUCGAUGAGUUGCUAGCAUGCCUAUAACUGUCGCUUGUUCUGCUGCUGCUUCUAUCUCUGAGGAUGGACUCCUGCACGAGUUCGAAAGCUCAGAACAAUAAACAAACUAUUCCGGUGUUCGAACACCCUUCUCCUUCUUCACUUAUGGGGUUUAUAAGCGUCGCUAUUUGUUUGUUCAUAAGGAAGCUCGAGGCCACCUAUACUGCGGAGGGACGUCCUUAUUGCCGUGUCUAACCAAGUUUUUCCUAGAGCCUGUGCCUCCAAUGCACCUAAAACCCACUUGUGCACUCUUCAAUGGUCACGAAUUCCAGGCGUUGAUGGCGCCAUGCGACCAGUAGUUAAUAGCAGGUGCGUCUACAUUAUGUGACCUAACUUAUGAAGCAUAAAGACGAAAAUUGAGCUGGUCACAUUGAGACACCUCAAACCUAGUGAACUUUCCUUAAUUGCCUAGUCCGCUCCCGAAAAGGUCCUUUUUGCAUUCGCAGUAUGUUUCUGAAUAAAUGUGUCAGCCGAAAUGCUUACAUUUAUGGGUGGAAAUCAAUGCUACUUUCGUUGGACCUUCUAUCAGCUCCACAAAUCAAAUUUAAACUUUACAACUCAAGGCGAGAAAGGAUCAUAGAUGUUUCACAUCGCUUUUUCUGCUAUACUCUGCAAGGACGUGAAUGCCAAAUUGCGCAGUUAGGAUCGCGUUCUCGUUGCCUUAUGUUCGAUAAAACUCUGGGAAAUUUCGGUGCCUACAGGUCAAUGAUUGAUGUGAACUUGGUCUCUUUCGGUCUUGCGGAAGUAUGUUACGCUUGGGAAGUCAAAUUCACAAACAGGAUUUCAGUAAUUCAUCAACAGGCCAAUACAAUUGCAUAAGAAAUGAGAAUACGAGUUGUAGACUGGGUUUAUAAGUGCCCAUUUUUAUUUAUUUAUAAGAAAGACCAAAGCUACCUACACCACGGGGAACGAUCCUAUUUCCGUGUCUAACCACGUUCUCGCCGUAGUUUAUGCUUCCAAUGCACAUAGGACCUAUUCAUGCAUUUUUCAAAAGUUAUAAAUCCCAAUCAGCAGCAUGCGAGAUGUUGCCAGCAGUAGUUGCUAGCGGCUGUGCCUGCUUCAUGUGACCUAGCUCAUGAAGCAUGAAAACAAAAAUUGUGAUGAUCACAUCUAGGUACUUCAAACCUAGUGCACCUUCCUUUAUUGCCUAGCCCGUUCCCGACAAUGUCCUUUUUUAAAUAAAUGUGUCAGUCGAAAUGCUUACAAAUAUGAACGGAAAUCAAUGCCACCUUAUAUUGGGGUAAGUUCAUACGUUAAUGACCGUCCCCAGAGUACGUUUGCGCAAACCUGCUACCAUUGAAAGUUGAUUUUUUCCGCGCAAGUAAGGUGAGGCAGGGUGUGACCAAGCAGGUGGUGUUUGGCAAAACAGACGUUUUAUCGAUUUUGCAAACGCAGACUUGUGCAAUGAUUUACUGGCUGCCUGUUGGCGGUUUGUGAAUAUUAAGCGGUUAUUCCGCAGUAGCUGGUGCAUUUCAGCUCAAAUAUUCAUAUCAAAAUUUGGAGCGUGCCUGAAAAGGCCCGUUUCGAAAGAUUUACUCCAAGUUCGCGCAUUAAUUUCCUUGGAAAUUAAACAAGGCAGACGCAGACUUGCAAGUCUGUUUGAUUCCAUGUUCUGAAAAGCGGUAAUAACGCCUACGGGUAAUCUCUUGUUCAAGCGUACGUUGAGCGCAGCCUGAAAGUAAGCGAAGGCGGCGAAAAUGGCUCCAAUACAAAGAAGAAAGUGAGUUCCUUCGUAUGAAGCUGGAAAACUGUCAGCAUUUUCCGGGUGGGUGGAAAAGCCAGCCAAACUUUCCGGUAUUUCAUACACUUUGCCUUGAAAAAAAUACAAAGUGCGCGGACAAAGAAAUACUUCAUCAAGGAGCUUUCUAAACGGUUAGUUAUUAAAGCGAGUCGCUCAAUCUGCCCGGAGAAGCAUCUUAUUUCGAAGUUUUGAUAAACGUGUCCAUAGCAUCCACCUUUAUGGGCGGUUGACUAAGGACGUUGAAAAUUGCUGAUAAAAGCAAAUAGCAGAGUUCCAGGAAGCAGCUCAUGAUGAUGAUGAUGACGACGACGAUGAUGAUGAUGAUGAUGAUGAUGAUGAUGAUGAUGAUGAUGAUGAUGAUGAUGAUGCUGAUGAUGAUGAUGAUGAUGAUGAUGAUGAUGAUGAUGAUGAUGAUGAUGAUGAUGAUGAUGCGAUCACUGGAGCAUAA